ACUCGAACAAGCCAUAUUUCAAAGCGCCAUCUCCGUCUAACUGCUUUUUGUAGAUUCGCUUCCGAGGAAAAAAAACUGAAAAAACUUGAAACUAAUCGACGAUUUUCAUGGUCUUGACGCUCAUACUAUCAUAAACAUGGCUUCUUCUAGCAAAAGUAAAGUUCCCAAAGUUGCGAAGGUUAAAAACAAAAUGCCUGCAGAGGUGCAGAUUACUGCAGAACAGAUCCUCAGAGAGGCCAAGGAAAGAGAACUUGAGUUGGUUCCUCCUCCUCCAAAGCAAAAGAUUACAGACCCAGAUGAACUGCAAGAAUACAGACUGAGAAAGAGGAAAGAAUUUGAGGAUAACAUCCGCAAAAACCGUUCUAUGGUGGGAAACUGGAUCAAGUAUGCCAAGUGGGAAGAGAGUCAAAAUGAAAUUGCUCGAGCAAGAUCAAUUUGGGAAAGAGCUUUGGAUGUGGAGCACAGAAAUGUCACAAUCUGGUUGAAAUAUGCAGAGAUGGAAAUGAAACACAAACAGAUCAACCAUUCUCGUAACAUCUGGGAUCGAGCCAUCACGAUCCUACCUCGCGUCAAUCAGUUCUGGUACAAGUACACCUACAUGGAGGAGCUGGUGGGUAAUGUGGGCGGAGCCAGACAGGUGUUUGAACGAUGGAUGCAGUGGGAACCCGAAGAACAAGCCUGGUUCUCAUACAUCAAGAUGGAGCUGAGAUACAAGGAGACGGAACGUGCUAGAGCAAUCUACGAAAGAUUUGUCUAUGUGCAUCCCGAGGUGAAGAACUGGAUCAAAUUUGCUGGAUUUGAAGAAUCCCACAACUACGUCAGCCUGUCUAGGGGCGUCUAUGAGAGGGCCGUAGCGUUCUAUGAAGAUCACAUGGACGAGAAACUCUACAUAGCAUUUGCAAAGUUUGAAGAGAGACAGAAAGAACAUGAAAGAGCGAAGGUGAUCUAUAAGUAUGCACUGGACAACUUGGAUAAGGAGCAUGCUCAAGAACUGUUUAAGAACUACACCAUUCAUGAGAAGAGAUACGGAGACAGGGCUGGUAUAGAGGACGUCAUUAUCAGCAAGAGAAGGUUUCAAUAUGAAGAAGAGGUGAAAGCCAACCCUCACAACUACGAUGCAUGGUUUGACUACCUGCGUCUGAUGGAGACUGGUGGUGACAUUGAGACAGUGAGAGAUCUGUAUGAGAGAGCUAUCGCUAACAUUCCACCUGCUCAGGAGAAGAGAUUAUGGAGGAGAUAUAUCUAUCUAUGGAUCAACUACGCCGUCUACGAAGAAUUAGAAGUCAGGGAUUCGGAAAAGACGCGUGAAGUUUACAAGGCGUGCCUGGACCUGAUCCCUCAUAAGAAGUUUACAUUUGCUAAGAUGUGGGUGCUGAUGGCUCAGUUUGAAGUCAGACAGAAAGAACUUCAGAAAGCAAGGAGAGUCAUGGGUACAGCAAUUGGAAAGUGUCCAAAAGACAAGUUGUUCAAGUCAUACAUAGAGAUGGAGCUUCAGCUUAGAGAGUUUGAUCGGUGUAGGGUUCUAUAUGAGAAGUUCUUGGAAUUCAACCCUGCUAACUGUACUACAUGGAUGAAGUAUGCAGAGUUGGAGACUAUUCUUGGAGAUAUCGAGAGAUCAAGAGCCAUCUACGAACUUGCCAUUUGUCAACCUAGACUUGACAUGCCAGAGGUUUUGUGGAAGUCUUUCAUUGACUUCGAAGUGGAGCAAGAGGAGUGGGAUAACGCAAGGAGUCUGUACAGAAGACUACUAGAAAGGACACAACAUGUCAAGGUCUGGAUAAGCUUUGCCAAGUGUGAGCUGUCGGUCGGAUCGGGUGAUUGUGUGUUGGGAUCGAGACAGAUCUAUGAAGAAGCAACCAAGGCAUUGAAACAUGUAGAGGAGAAAGAGGAGAGGCUGAUGUUACUGGAGGCUUGGCAGGAAUUUGAGAAUGAAUUUGGAGAUGAUGAGAGCGUAGCAAAGGUUCAAGAGCAGAUGCCAAACAAGGUCAAGAAGAGGAGAAAGGUCCAAACAGAAGAUGGGUCGGAUGCAGGAUGGGAGGAGUACUACGACUACAUCUUCCCCUCAGACGAAACGAACCAGUCCAACCUCAAGCUGCUUGCUAUGGCUAAGAUGUGGAAACAGAAGAUGGCUGAAACCAAUGACAACUCAUGAGGAACCCAAGUUGAUGACCAUUGACCCUCAAGGUCACUCAGGAGGUCGCUCUCAAGGUUGCUUACAAGGUUAUUCACGAAGUUGCUUCCAUACCUUUGCAAUAGUUCCCGUGCAACAUGAAAGUACGGGUGAAAACCCAUCCUGGUGACCAUUGACUCUCAAGGUCGCUCAGAAGGUCACUCUCAAGGUCGCUUACAAGGUCAUAUCCAUUCCAUUGCAGUUCUUGUACAACAUGACAGUACAGGUGAAAACCCAUCCUGGUGACGAUUGACCCUGAUGGUCACUCACAAGGUAAAAUCCAUACCAUUGCACAGUUCCUGUGAAACAUGAAAGUAUAGGGGAAAGUGCCGAAGUCAAACCUCUUGGAACGACACAAAUCUGUUUGACUUAGUCAAAUUCUGACUUAGAAGAUGUAGAAACACGCUUUCCAUAUCCUGGUCUGAAAUGAUGCUUUGAGUGGGGCAGUUGCUAGACUUGUGGAAGGUCGAGCUAUGCAGAGGCUACUGGACGCGAUGGAAUUUCAUUCAUGCGGGAUAUUCGUGAAGCCUGUCUACAGGGGAGAUGAAGAGAUGUGCAUUCAGUUGGAACCACUCUGCUUUAAUCAUAUUUGGACUAGAGAAACUUUGUAUAGAGUGUAGGGACAACUCAGCAACAAAGUGUUUGAAAGGAACUCACCCCAUGUAGGCUUAUGACUUGUAGUCGAGCCAAAUAUAAUUUUACAGUGCGUAUAAAAAAACGGGACAGAUUUGAAAAGUCUAUUAAGUUUUUUUUUCAAAUUUUGAUGACUAUAUUUUGGUGUUAAUAGGUGCUCUGAAGUCUUUCAAAUGCCAUUCGAUAAAUUUAGUUUCGUUCAUGCUUGAGCGAACAUGGAAUGUUUUUUUGUGUGGGGUUAAAAAGGAGGCUUGCGCCAAAAUGGCAUAAAAUGAUCAAUACGAAUGAUCGUACUUCUUGCUAAUCUGCAGACUUCCUUUUGACCUUUUCAUUAUCUUUGCCUUAAUUUUUGUCUCAUAGGUGCCGCUUUUCCGACGGCGGCGGCGGGGUCAACACCAAAAUUUAACCAAAGGUUAAAUUUUUUUAAUGACAGCAUAACUUAGAAAGUAUAUGGACCUAGUUCAUGAAACUUGAAAUAAGGUUAAUCAAGUAUUACUGAACAUCCUGCCUGAGUUUCAAGUCACAUGACCAAGGUCAAAGGUCAUUUAGGGUCAAUGAACUUAGACCAUGUUGGGGGAAUCAACAUCAAAAUCUUAACCUAAGGUAACGUUUUUGAAAUGUCAUCAUAACUUAAAAAAUAUAUGGACCUAGUUCAUGAAACUUGUUGAAAAUAAGGUUAAUCAAGUAUUACUGAACAUCCCGCCUGAACUUCAAGUCAGAUGACCAAGGUCAAAGGUCAUUUAGGGUCAAUGAACUUUGGCAAGUUGGGGGUAUCUGUUGAAUUACCAUCAUAACUUUGAAAGUUUAUGGAUCUGAUUCAUGAAACUUGGACAUAAAAGUAAUCAAGUAUCACUGAACAUCCUUUGCGAGAUUCAGGUCACAUGACCCAGAUCAAAGGUCAAUGAACUUUGGCCAUGUGGGGGUAUCUGUUGAAUUACCAUCAUAACUUUGAAAGUUUAUGGAUCUGAUUCAUGAAACUUGGACAUAAUCAAGUAUCUUUGAACAUUUUGUCCGAGUUUCAGUUCACAUGACCAAAGUCAAAGGUCAUUUAAGGUCAUUGAACUUUGGCCAUUUUAGAGGUAAUUAUUAGAUUGCUGUCAUAACUUUAAAAGUUUAUGGGUAUAGUGUAUAAAAUGUGGAUAUUUGGGUAAUCAAUUUUCACUGACAAGUUUUAGGUCACAUGAUCAAGGUCAAAUGUCAAUGAACGUAGUAUUGUAUCAUUAUAUGAAUGGUGUUUUUUGUGAAUAAUUAUUUUAUAGUAGUUUUCAAAGUCAGUACUGCUGCUAUAUUGAAUCGCGUAAUGCAGGUGAGACUCCAGAGGCAUUCCACUUGUUAGACAAUAUUAGCACCCCAAAGUGUUCAAUUUUGUGAAUUUUCCAACACUGUCAUGAACCCAUUUUUAGGUAUUUUAUGAUGACUUUUGUGCAUCUCAAAGAAGCAGGUCCAAGCUAUUAUCUCUGAACAGUGAUUUUCAGUUUAAAUUUAAAAAAAAAUCCUUUUCUCUUUCUUGAAACCUUUUAUUCUGUUUCAAACUUGAUUGAGAAUGAAAUUCUGUUUUUGAGAGAAAACGUACACAUAAAAACCAUGAAUUCCAUUUUGCAAUGAGUCUUCUCCUUAAAAGUAUAGAACCAAAACAGAUUUUUCGUUUUGAUUUACCGGUAAACAGAAAAUCACUGUCCCUUAUUAUUUGCUGACUUUCCAAAUUAUCUGAAGUAUCUGUUGUUUCAUUAAUGGAUGUAUACUAUUAGUCUAGGAGAUGGGGGGCUUUAUUCAGAAUUUUUGGUGGGGAAGGUUUGACAGGCUUAUCUGGGGUAAAAUUGUGUGCUGAUUCCAAAAAUGUCAGUCUUAUUGACCGUACUCACAACAUUUUAGCCAUUUUGGCCAAUUAUUGACCAAAAAUGACCAAUUUGACCACGCUUUGGAAAAUGGUCCCUUAACAGAAUGCUUAUGUGCCCACAUCCAAUUAAAAGGGUCUAUCCUAAGUAAAAAUUCACCCAGAUUCCAGAUAAAGUGGUUUCAUUUGCCAAAUCACAAUAGAAGUGGUCAUUUUGGCCAUGUUUUGACCAAAAUUGACAAUUUUCAUGAAUUUUUUGUCCGAAAUGUGUUACAAAUAUUGAUCAGAACUACCGUAACGAUUGGAUGUCUUUAGAAAUCCACAUUUAUUUUCAAAAUGUGCGCUAGAUCAUAACAAUCAACCUCAUGUAAUUUAUUCCGUCAGUUUUGACCUAUGAGGGUCAUUUUGGGUACUUUAGACAUAACUGACCAUUCGCUCAGUUUUGCAUAAUAAACUGCAAAUCGGAAGGAAUUUGAGGUCUUCAGCUUGUUUUAUAUUCUUCCCUUAUAAAAUGAGAAUGCAUUUAAGGUCUAUCUUGUGUAAAAUUUUAUGCUGAUUCCAAAUAUGUCAAUCCUAAUUACCCUAUUCAACAGCUUAUGGUCAUUUUGGCCACUUAUGGCCCUCAAAAUGACAUUUGAGGGUCAUUUUGGGUACUUUAGACAUUACUGACCAUUCGUUCAGUUUUGCGUAAUAAACUGUUCAAAUAGGCAAAGAUUUGAAGUCUUCAGCGUGUAUUAUUUUCUUCCUUUAUAAGAUGGGAAUGCAUUUAAGGUCUAUCUUGUGUAAAAUUUUAUGCUGAUUCCAAAUAUGUCAAUCCUAAUUACCCUAUUCAACAGCUUAUGGUCAUUUUGGCCACUUAUGGCCCUCAAAAUGACCAAUAACAGUUCAAGUUAUCUAAAAAUGUUUCAGUAUUACCAGGAUCGUUACAAAGGUGUGCCGUGACACCAAAUAUUGGUGUAUUAAUUCUUUAAAUUGAACAUCUCAAAAGUAUUUUGAUCUCAUGUAACUAAUUCCAUCAGUUUUGACAUUUGAGGGUCAUUUUGGGUACUUUAGACAUUACUGACCAUUCGUUCAGUUUUGCGUAAUAAACUGUUCAAAUAGGCAAA